AUCACAAACACCGAGAGACACCCGGAAGGUUGAAACCGCGCGAUCAGCAGCUCACUAUGAACCGCUUCAAGACGUCCAAAUACAAGAACACCACUCCUAAAAUCCCCAAGAAAGAUGGCUGGAUUGCAAACGUGCGAGGAGGUUCCUUCUCUUCUCAGGGCAAACACAUCAAAUCCAGCUGCAGCCUCGUGGCCUUCAACACCGAUCACGCUGGAGGAGGAAUGGUCGGUCUGUCCUCCGUGAAUGCUGGGGCUGAUGGGAAAUGGAGUGUCACCCAGAUUUCAUGCCAUGCUGACCUGGUGACGGACCUGGACUUCUCUCCGUUUGAUGACUACCUGCUGGCCACGUGCUCCGCUGAUCAGACGGUGAAGCUGUGGCGUUUGUGUGAUGUGGAUCAGGAUCAGCCCAGUAAUGCAGAAAUGACUCUGAGUCCCGCGGACGGUCGGCUGGAGCUGCUGCUCUUCCACCCGGCAGCCUCUGCUCUGCUCGCUGUCGCCUCUGCUGGAGGAGUUCAGCUGUGGGACAUCACUCGAGACUCUGCCCUGACAG